UGGCGGCGCCGUGCUGCUGUCCACUCCCUCUGAGGGAGCCGCGUCUCUUCCGGAUCGCGGAGCCCGGCCGUGGCCGGAGUCUCUGAGUGCCGUUUCCCGCCCUUCGGCGAAGGACUGGCACGGGAGGUCGUCUGCUUGUCAGGGCCAUGCAGCCGCCACAGUCGCCCUCGGCCCGCGAGCAGGACACCCGCACCAAGAGCAUGUUCGUGUCGCGGGCCCUGGAGAAGAUCCUCUCCGAGAAGGAGGCGAAGCGGCCCCCUCACGGGCAGCUGCGGAGAGCCUGCCAAGUGGCGCUGGAUGAAAUAAAAGCAGAACUAGAAAAGCAAAGCCAAGGCAGUGUAACUACACCAAAAGCAAACUUCAUUGAAGCAGAUAAAUAUUUCCUGCCAUUUGAAUUAGCCUGCCAGUCAAAGUCUCCGCGAAUUGUCAGCACCUCCUUGGACUGCUUACAGAAACUUAUUGCAUAUGGACAUAUCACUGGUAAUGCUCCAGACAGUGGAGCUCCUGGAAAACGACUGAUAGACCGGAUAGUUGAAACAAUCUGCAGUUGUUUUCAAGGUCCUCAAACUGAUGAAGGUGUGCAGCUACAAAUAAUAAAGGCUCUUCUUACUGCUGUCACAUCCCCAUAUAUAGAAAUUCAUGAAGGAACAAUUCUUCAGACUGUUAGAACUUGUUAUAACAUCUAUCUAGCCAGUAAAAAUCUUAUCAAUCAGACAACUGCCAAGGCUACCCUCACGCAGAUGCUGAAUGUUAUUUUCACACGAAUGGAGAACCAAGCUAUACAAGAGGCUAGAGAACUAGAAAAAACAAACCUACAAAAAUCCCACUCCCCCGUGAUUCAUACGUUGUCAGGGUCUCCAAAGUUCGGCCGACUGCAACAUAGCCAGCAGGAGAGCAAACCUUCAACUCCUGUAAAAGCAGACCUGACUAACGGUGAGCCAGAAGGUACAGAAAAUGGAGAGCGGAAACCAAAGAACGAUUUGACUCCUCCAGUAUUUGAAGAAGAAACUGAUGGAGGCAAAGAAAUUAUUAAGGAAAUCUUGGAGGAUGUGGUCACUUCAGCUGUUAGAGCCUCUUUAGAAGAAGAAGCAAAAAAACAAGCUGUGCUGGAAGUGGGUAGAACUCUGCCUGAACUGGAAACUGCAGCUCCUGCCUCUCCUGGUGGAAUGAAUGAAAAUUCACAAGCAAAUGGGAUUCCAGAUGAUAGGCAGUCAGUCUCUUCCACUGAUAAUCUGGAAACCGAUGUCCCUGGACCCCAGGCAGCUGCCAAGUUCUCCCAUAUCCUUCAGAAGGAUGCCUUUCUUGUGUUCCGGUCACUGUGCAAGCUUUCAAUGAAACCACUUGGUGAUGGGCCACCGGAUCCCAAAUCCCACGAGCUGCGCUCCAAGAUAGUGUCCCUCCAGCUGCUUCUCUCGGUUUUGCAAAAUGCUGGCCCAGUCUUCCGGACACAUGAAAUGUUUAUAAAUGCAAUCAAGCAAUAUCUCUGUGUAGCAUUAUCCAAAAAUGGAGUGUCUUCUGUUCCUGAUGUCUUUGAGCUGUCUCUUGCUAUCUUCCUCACCCUUCUUUCUAAUUUUAAGACCCAUUUAAAAAUGCAGAUUGAGGUAUUUUUCAAAGAGAUCUUCUUGAACAUUUUAGAAACUUCUUCUAGUUCCUUUGAGCACAAAUGGAUGGUGAUUCAGACCUUGACUAGAAUUUCUGCAGAUGCUCAAUGUGUAGUGGACAUAUAUGUUAACUAUGACUGUGAUUUGAAUGCUGCUAAUAUCUUUGAACGGCUAGUAAAUGACUUGUCUAAAAUUGCGCAGGGACGGAGUGGGCAUGAAUUAGGAAUGACACCUCUACAGGAACUAAGCCUAAGGAAGAAAGGUCUUGAAUGUUUAGUCUCUAUUUUAAAGUGCAUGGUAGAAUGGAGCAAAGACCUGUAUGUGAAUCCCAACCAUCAGGCCAGCCUCGGUCCCGAGAAAUCUUCCGAUCAGGAAAUGGGUGAAGUCAAAUGUUUAGAGAUGGGAGGAAGAAGAAGUAGUGCAAGUUCCUUGGAUUCAACGGUCUCCUCAGGAAUCGGGAGCGUUGGCACCCAGACCACUCUCCAUGAUGAUCCGGAGCAAUUUGAGGUUAUCAAGCAACAAAAAGAGAUAAUUGAACAUGGGAUUGAAUUGUUUAAUAAAAAAUCGAAGAGAGGGCUGCAGUAUUUGCAGGAGCAAGGAAUGCUUGGGUUAACAGUAGAAGACAUAGCACAGUUCCUGCACCAAGAAGAGCGUCUCUCUUCUAACCAAGUGGGAGAAUUUCUGGGGGACAGUAACAAGUUUAACAAAGAAGUGAUGUACGCCUACGUAGACCAGCUUGAUUUCUGCGGAAAGGACUUUGUCUCCGCUUUGCGCAUUUUUCUGGAAGGAUUUCGGUUACCUGGUGAAGCCCAGAAGAUUGAUAGACUAAUGGAAAAGUUUGCUGCUAGAUAUAUUGAAUGCAACCAAGGACAAACUCUGUUUGCUAGUGCCGACACUGCCUAUGUUUUAGCAUAUUCUAUUAUAAUGUUGACAACAGAUUUGCACAGUCCUCAGGUGAAGAAUAAGAUGACAAAAGAGCAAUACAUAAAAAUGAACCGUGGCAUCAAUGACAGCAAAGACCUUCCAGAGGAUUACUUGUCUACUAUCUAUGAUGAAAUAGAAGGGAAGAAAAUAGCAAUGAAGGAUACAAAAGAAUAUGCAAUUGCAACGAAAUCUGCUAAGCCAAACGUAGCCAGUGAGAAGCAGCGACGGUUGUUGUACAACUUGGAGAUGGAGCAGAUGGCAAAGACUGCUAAAGCUCUGAUGGAGGCAGUCAGCCAUGCAAAAGCCCCUUUUACUAGUGCAACUCAUCUGGAUCAUGUCAGGCCCAUGUUCAAACUUGUGUGGACUCCAUUACUAGCUGCUUAUAGUGUCGGCCUUCAGAACUGUGAUGACACUGAAGUUGCAUCGUUGUGCUUGGAAGGAAUACGAUGUGCUAUCAGAAUCGCCUGCAUUUUUGGCAUGCAGCUUGAAAGAGAUGCUUAUGUGCAAGCGCUUGCCCGCUUUUCUUUGUUGACUGCCAGCUCCAGCAUCACAGAAAUGAAACAAAAGAACAUAGAUACAAUCAAGACUCUUAUUACUGUGGCCCACACUGAUGGCAACUAUCUGGGGAAUUCCUGGCAUGAGAUCUUGAAAUGCAUCAGCCAGUUGGAGCUAGCUCAACUCAUAGGUACUGGAGUUAAAACACGCUACCUCUCUGGGUCUGGACGGGAGAGAGAAGGGAGCCUCAAAAGUUUUACAUCUGGAGGUGAAGAGUUCAUGGGGCUUGGGCUAGGCAAUCUUGUUGGUGGAAGUGUUGAUAAAAGGCAAAUAGCCAGUAUUCAAGAAUCUGUGGGAGAAACCAGUUCACAAAGUGUGGUGGUGGCAGUGGACAGAAUAUUUACUGGGUCAACAAGACUGGAUGGAAAUGCAAUAGUUGACUUCGUUCGAUGGCUGUGCGCUGUUUCCAUGGAUGAGCUGGCUUCCCCUCACCACCCUCGCAUGUUCAGCUUACAGAAGAUUGUUGAGAUCUCCUACUACAACAUGAAUAGAAUUAGGCUACAGUGGUCCAGGAUAUGGCAUGUGAUUGGUGAUCAUUUCAAUAAGGUUGGUUGUAAUCCUAAUGAAGAUGUGGCCAUAUUUGCAGUUGAUUCUUUGAGACAGCUAUCAAUGAAGUUUCUUGAAAAAGGAGAGCUGGCCAACUUCCGAUUUCAAAAGGACUUUCUGAGGCCCUUUGAGCACAUUAUGAAGAAAAAUAGAUCUCCAACAAUUCGUGACAUGGUGAUUCGCUGCAUUGCUCAGAUGGUGAAUUCUCAAGCUGCUAAUAUCCGCUCAGGGUGGAAAAAUAUUUUUGCAGUAUUUCAUCAGGCAGCAUCGGAUCAUGAUGGGAAUAUCGUGGAGUUAGCAUUCCAGACAACAGGACAUAUAGUUACGAAUAUUUUUCAACAGCAUUUUCCUGCAGCAAUAGAUUCAUUCCAGGACGCUGUAAAGUGUUUGUCAGAGUUUUCCUGUAAUGCUGCAUUUCCAGAUACCAGCAUGGAAGCAAUUAGACUUAUCCGUUUUUGUGCUAAAUAUGUUUCAGAAAGACCUCAGGUUUUGAGAGAAUACACAAGUGACGAUAUGAAUGUGGCUCCUGGAGACAGAGUUUGGGUCCGAGGGUGGUUCCCCAUUUUAUUUGAGCUUUCUUGUAUUAUCAAUCGGUGCAAGCUUGAUGUGCGCACAAGAGGCCUAACGGUUAUGUUUGAAAUUAUGAAGAGCUAUGGCCACACCUUUGAGAAUCACUGGUGGCAGGAUCUCUUUCGCAUUGUGUUCAGGAUAUUUGAUAACAUGAAGCUACCAGAACAGCAAACAGAGAAAUCUGAAUGGAUGACCACUACAUGUAACCAUGCACUUUAUGCAAUCUGUGAUGUAUUCACACAGUUCUAUGAAGCUUUGAAUGAGAUCCUGCUUUCUGACAUAUUUGCACAGUUACACUGGUGUGUAAAACAAGAUAAUGAGCAGCUGGCUCGAUCGGGUACCAACUGCCUAGAAAGCCUGGUUAUAUUAAAUGGGCAUAAAUUCAGUCCAGAGGUUUGGGACCAGACCUGUAACUGUAUGCUAGAGAUCUUCAAAACGACAAUUCCUCACGUAUUGUUGACUUGGAGGCCAGCAGGAAUGGAAGAUGAUUCAUCUGAAAAGCACUUGGAUGUGGACCUGGAUCGCCAGUCUUUAAGCAGUGUUGAUAAAAAUGCUUCAGAAAGAGGACUAAGCCAAUUUUCAAAUCCCACAGAUGAAAGCUGGAAAGGUGGCCCUUAUUCAAACCAGAAACUUUUUGCCAGCCUUCUCAUCAAAUGUGUUGUGCAGCUGGAACUGAUUCAGACUAUUGACAACAUAGUAUUUUACCCAGCAACUAGCAAGAAGGAAGAUGCUGAGCAUAUGGCUGCUGCUCAGAGGGAUACCCUAGAUACAGACAUUCACAUUGACACUGAGGAUCAAGGAAUGUACAAAUACAUGUCUUCUCAACAUCUUUUCAAGUUAUUGGAUUGUCUGCAAGAGUCUCAUUCAUUCUCAAAAGCUUUUAACUCAAAUUAUGAACAACGAACUGUCCUGUGGAGAGCUGGGUUCAAGGGUAAAUCAAAACCCAAUCUUUUAAAACAAGAGACCAGCAGUUUGGCUUGUUGUCUGAGAAUCCUUUUCCGAAUGUAUGUUGAUGAAAACCGCAAAGAUUCCUGGGGUGCUAUACAAGAAAGACUUCUGAAUGUGUGCAGUGAAGCACUGGCCUAUUUUAUUACCGUGAACUCAGAAAGCCACAGAGAGGCCUGGACUAAUCUCUUAUUGCUGCUUUUAACAAAAACACUUAAAGUCAGUGAUGAAAAGUUCAGAGCUCAUGCUUCAACAUAUUAUCCCUAUCUCUGUGAAAUAAUGCAGUUUGACCUCAUCCCAGAGCUCCGAGCCGUGCUGCGGAAGUUCUUCCUACGUAUAGGUGUAGUGUUCAAAAUAUGGAUUCCUGAAGAACAGUUACGGACAACUGGGACCCACUCGCUUGCAUGGUAGCUCAAUAGCUGCUCUUUUCAAAAGCCUGAGUUAUAUUAUAUUUAAAGAAUGAUGGCAGGAGGAGAAAAAUUUGUAACUAGCAGGUCUGUCUGAAGAAAAAGAAGAAAACCUUUGAGAACCGCAGGGUUAUAUUGAUCAAGCUGGUAUUUCUGAAGGAAAAUGUGUCUUUUAAAAUUCUGGCUGCCCUAUAAAGAUAGCUGUUAGCAUUUUCAUGAUUUAAUGCAGUAAAUGUCAAGUCAUUUUGAUCACUAAGCUUGUCUCUUCAAAUCUGUUUGCAGUGGUCCCCUCUUUUAAUGCCUUCCAGCAUAAUUCCCCUUAAUCUGCUGGAAAUGAUUAAUCAAUGGAAACUAAUUCCCACAGAUAAUAUUGAAUGUAUUCAUACAGGCUUGUGAUAUUAGCAAAUAUAUUAAUAGUUAAGAAAGUAAUGAAGAUGAUUGGGAAAAUCAUGCUGGAAUAAUUUUUUCUCACUGUUGUGCAUCUGAUUUAAAAAUGAUCUACGUGUUUAAAAUGGGUCCCUUUUUUCCAAAUGGUUUGGUGCUGCCUCUUCUGUAAACACAUAGCAACAGUGUUUGGACAGUUGGAGCCAGCAAAAAUCCACAGCAGUCUUUAUCUGCACCUAUCUAUAUUGCCAAGUAGCAGUAUGUUAUAGGAUACCUGCUGUAUGGUGGUGCUCUGGUUGCCGAUAUUGGAUUGGCCUGUAGCCAGUUUUCUCCACCACCCCUUGAUACCAAGAUUGUAUUUAAACUGUGAUGUCGAAGUUCAACAAAGUCACUUGUGGAAAGGAAAUAUACCCCCACCCCACCCAAAAAACCAGCAGGACACCAUUAUCACAGCUUCUUGAUCCAAUUUGAAAUCUCUGAUAAUUUGAGUGGGCAAAACUCUUGAGAGCUUUAGAAAUCCUUUUGAUUCUUAUAUUUAAUAAUACAAAGUAAAUGGUAAAACAAAACUUUAAAUCUUUGAAGUUCACAUGGAAUGGAUUAACAUUUUUACUGGUUAAUCAACAGUUUCCCUUUUUGAGUAGUACCUAGAUUAGCAUUUGGGUAGAAGCGGUCUAUCUUUGGCAUGUGUCAAGAUAUAUUAUAUUUUUACAGUGUUGCUGAGAGAAAUGGUUAAUUGUUUGGUUAGUGCUACUUGUCAGUGGUGAUGUGAGGGAGUAAAGUCUGGUUCCUUUUGGGACCACCUGGUUUAUUAAUAUAAAUGCACAUGUAUUUGCAACAAAAGCCCGCUUAUUAGGGGGCAAAUGAGGUAAAUUUUGAAUUUUAUCAAUUCAGUUCUAUUAGCUCUUCUGACUCUAGGGUCGCAGGGUUUUUUGUUUCCUUUGUAAUGCUGUGUUAUAGAAUUCUUGGCCCACUGAAGGCAAUAGUAGUUUUGUAAGGUAAGGCAGGCUAGUAAUCUGUGUAAUCAUGUUCCCCUCUACUAUAAUGGGUAUAUUAUUUGUAUGAAGGAGGAGAAGGAUGGAAAUGGAUUCUAUUCAAAUGUAUUAAAAUGCAAUUGGAAAAGUAUUAUCAGUUAUAUUUUAUGCUACCCAUAUCUACAAAAGAGAAUUCUAAGAGUAUUAAUUAAAGUGGGGUGGGGGUGGGGGGAGGUUGUGUGUCCUGAAGUGUAAUUCUCAGCAAAGAUCUUUUCAAGUAAGUUCCUUUGAAGAUGGUGGCAUCUGAGUUAAAAUGAAUUUAACAUUGGAAGCCAAUGUGUUGGAUAUUGGAGGGCCAGAAUUGUUGGCUGGAUUUAUUAUAUACUGGUGCUCUCUUUUUCUCUUAAUUAGUUUUUGUUUAUAACUUAGCAGUUUGUGUUUUAUAUUUCUUUUGUUUUUGGUCAUCAGUAGGAUGAGUGAAAACACUUUCUGAGAUUUAAUUUCUUUACCAAAGAUUUUUCAAGUGCGGCUUUUUGUCCCAUGUGAAGUGUGUUGGCAAAACUGCCUCUGACUUAUAAGACAGGAUCAGGGGAACAUUUAGUUACUGGCAAAAGGUUAAAUGAAAAAAAUAAUAGAAGUUUAACUUUGUUCUGUAUUUGAAAUAAUUAAGCCUUUUAUGUUUUGCAAUUUAAAGAGGCAUUUCACAAAGUAAUGCAGGAAAUCAUUUAUUUUUAUAUUCUUUAAACCUUAUCUUGCUCCACACCCUACUUGUAAUUGGGUUUAUUUAUUUAUUUUUUUCACUGUGAUAGUUCUGCUAUUAAUGUAUAGUACAAAUGCAGCUUGGUCCCGUCCCUACUUGUCAAACAUUACCUGUUCAAAUUCACAUCCAUUUGAUUUACUUGAGAAACCGUGGCAGCAUUACAACUGAUCUUUCAAAAUUUAAAUGAGAAGUGCAAUACAUAUGGGACUGACACAGUAUCUUCCAAAUCUUUGCAAUGUAAAAUACUGUGAAGCAUUAUAUAUAUAUAUAUGAGAUAUUUGCUUAUAUGUAGAAUAUUCUGAUCAUAAAACUUACAGCCUUUUUAAAGCCUUAGAGUUAAAUGACUUUAUUUCCUUAGGAAAGCUAUGUUUAGCAGUCAACACUUGCAUCUUCAAAUGGCCGAUUGUUAAAGAUAUUUGGAAAAUAAACUCUAGAUUACCAUGUGGGUUAUCAUGGGAUGGGAAGAGAUUCCAUAACAGCCUUAUUCCAGAUGUGUCUGAGAGUCUGUGUGUGUUUAUUAGAUUUGUAGAGAGUGAUGAAGUAGUAGAUGUAAUGUUUGAACAUGUUCUUACAGUGGCUGUUUCUCCAAUGUACUCUGGGGGUUUCAUUCCCUAUUUGGCAACACCAAGCUCUGUGGACAAUCAUAACAAUGAUAUAAAUUCUUCCCAGAAUUUCCAUCUGCCACCUUUACAAUACCUGUGUAAUGUUAUCAGUCUCUCUUAAUCAUGGCUAAGAGAUCAGGGUCAAGUCAUGAGCUCACAUGGAAUGUAGAUCCACUUUUGCCCUGUCCAGGAUGGUCUCCUUUCUCUCUCUUUCCUUGAUGGACUUGGUCAUGGUUAAAGAUUGCAUCUACACUGUGGUUAAUCAUGGAGAACAUGAAUAGGCUUCCUCCCAACCCCAGCAGGCAAACCUGCUUCAAAACUUGUAUUGAAGAAGCAUACCCUAGUUAAUGUUAACUGUCAUUAAUGUCAGUGCAGAUGUAAUCCUAAUAGUGAUUGAAGCAAACAAAAGGAGAAAUUCAUACCAGAGAAGAGCACAGAAAUCCACAAUCUGCUCCUGAACUCUGAACCAUAGUUAGAGGAUUACUGCCGUAGGCCAGAGUACUCUUUUUUAUAUUUUAAAUAAGAUUAAAAUUCACUAGUUACAGAAAGUCAUGCUGCAAAUGGGUAUUUAAAAUCCAGUCUUACAAAAUGCAUAGACCUACUCGUAGACUCAUUCUGUCAGUACUGAAGUGGCACCCUACACAAAAAGGAAAGAAGAGGGUGAGCCUGUUAAUGAGAGAAGUCCUUAAGAUGACUUUAACUUGGAUCCCUGCGUUGUUGUCUGAUGGAGCAAAUAGCAUCUGUCUUCUCUUAUGCCCCAUCUGGAAGUAAUUUUUUUCUUUAUAUAAAUUCUAAAACAUGAAACAAAUGCUCAGUACAGUUAAAAUUCUGCAAUACAAAUAUACCCCAGGACUACAGACCAUAGAUGUCUCAAGCCUGCAUAUUUGCACAUAAGCAGGCUUAGUUUUAAUAAGAAUGGAUGGCGUCAGGUUAAUUGAAAUAGUUUGUACAUUGCAUUUUAUAAGGGCAGUUUGGUCACUGCUGAAGUUAAUGUAAGCCACUGUAAGUGGCCAGUAAAAUUUUGCCCUUAACUAUUUAAAAACUAACCCAGUGAUGUGAUGUGAUCCAUAGCUUUUGAAGCAAACAACAAAACAGUGAUCUGUGAGAGGUGCAAUUCUCUAAUGUCUUGACAUUUUGUCCAGAAUAUCUUUGCAACUUUAAAUAAAAUAUACUUUGUGCAAAUGUAUGUUUUAUCUAUAUAAUGCCUAAAAUAAGUUACAAGCUACUUUUUUCUUAAGAGAUCUUCUAUUAUGAAGUGCAUUUAAUAUCAUUAAGUUAAUGAAAAGCAUUCCUUGCCCGAUGGAUGUAUACAUUUUUGAGAGAAAAGCAGAAUAAUUAUAUAAUAUGAAAAGCAAUGUAAAGUUUUUUACAUAAAAUAUUAUGUAUAAUAUUGUUGUACUCCAUGCUUUAAUCAGGUGGUAAAUAAAGUUUAAAAACAAACAUCACUUUUUAUAUAGUGAUUUAAAGCAUACAUAAACUAUCAGUUUGCAUCUAGUUUGAUGGUGGUACUAUGAAGGCUUUUAAAGAGGAAUCAAAGGCAUGAUUUAUAGACAUCAGUAGAUCUUGAAAGUGCUUCAAGCUUGCUUAGAUGAACCCAAGAGGCCUAUUUUUUUUAUUUCCAGGAUGGUAACAAACUAUAGUUGUCCUUGUAUCUGAACUGGUAAACUAUAGAUCAUGUUUUUCCUACAAACCAAGAUGAAACCACUGUUUUUCAUAGCAGAAGUAAGCUACUGUUUGGAUGUUCAUCACUAUAUAUGAGGGA